CACGGUUUGAUCCUUGCUUUCUACAGUUCUUGCAGGGUUCGCACACAUUAUUGCAUUAAACGGGUCGACCCCGCCAGGCAGUUUCAAUCAAACGCGUUACGCGUAAAGGCAUCAAUAUUAAACAUUCGCGUUCGAGAAUCGAGUAUCCGACGGGCCUCGAGUUGAUCUUAGAACCCCCCAAAGGCCCGACAGCCGCCGUCAUAAUGCCAAGGGAAAUCAUCACGAUUCAAGCCGGCCAAUGCGGCAACAGCAUUGGCAGUCAGUUCUGGCAGCAGCUGUGCCAGGAGCACGGCAUCAACCAAGAUGGCAACCUCGAGGACCUUGCCACAGAAGGCGGUGAUCGCAAGGACGUCUUCUACUACCAGAGUGACGACACGAGGUAUAUCCCGAGAGCAGUCCUGAUAGAUCUCGAGCCAAGAGUCAUCAAUGGCAUACAGACGGGCCCGUACAAAAAUAUCUACAACCCGGAGAAUUUUUUCAUAGGGAAGAGCGGCAUAGGAGCCGGCAACAACUGGGGUGAUGGGUACCAGACGGGCGAGUCUGUCCAUGAGGAGAUCAUGGAGAUGAUUGACCGAGAGGCAGAUGGAAGUGACUCUCUAGAGGGGUUCAUGUUGCUGCAUUCGAUAGCAGGAGGAACCGGUUCGGGUCUUGGUUCCUUUCUGCUUGAAAGGAUGAACGACAGAUUCCCCAAGAAGAUCAUACAAACGUACUCGGUAUUCCCUGACACAACAAACUCCGGCGACGUCGUGGUCCACCCAUACAACAGUUUGCUAUCUAUGCGACGAUUAACUCAGAAUGCCGAUGCGGUAGUGGUGCUCGACAACGGCGCAUUGUCAUCCAUUGCUGCGGACCGGCUGCACGUCCAAGAACCUUCAUUCCAGCAGACGAACCAGCUUGUUUCAACCGUCAUGUCGGCAAGCACAACAACGUUGCGAUACCCAGGCUACAUGCACAACGAUCUCGUCAGCAUUCUGGCUUCGCUGAUCCCAACUCCAAGAUGUCACUUCUUGAUGACGGCCUAUACCCCCUUUACUGGAGACCAGGUCGAGCAGGCAAAGACGGUGCGGAAAACUACGGUAUUGGAUGUUAUGAGAAGACUGCUGCAGCCCAAGAAUCGCAUGGUGUCUACGGUACCCGGCAAGAAGAGCUGCUACAUUUCCAUCCUAAAUGUCAUCCAAGGCGAGGUAGACCCCACGGAUGUUCACAAGAGUCUCUUGCGUAUCCGUGAAAGGAGACUGGCCACCUUCAUCCCAUGGGGUCCAGCCAGUAUCCAAGUUGCUCUGACGAAGCGCAGCCCAUACGUACCCAUGAGCCAUCGGGUCAGUGGUCUUAUGCUCGCAAAUCACACAAGUAUUGGGACUUUGUUCAAGCGCAUUGUGCGGCAGUACGACGGCAUGCGAAAACGCAAUGCUUUCAUGGAAGGUUAUAAGAAAACGGCGCCAUUUUCAGAGAAUCUCAACGAGUUUGACGAGGCGAGGGAAGUGGUCACGGAUCUGAUUGCCGAGUAUGAGGCUGCGGAGGAUGCAAACUACUUGAACCCCGAUGAGGACAAGCCCACAUCUGCAGAGACAGACAAGAGAAUGGGAUAAUAGCUUUGGUUGUUUGAUAGUGAUACUAUUACAAGGCGAUGGGCUGAGCUGCAAAGUUACAUUUUUGAGGCUACAUAGGGCGUUUCUGGCGUCAAGGAGGGCGCGAUAUCAGCUAGGUUAGUGAGGUUACGCCGGCAUGUACCACAUAGUACGGUAUAGGUCACCCGACUUUGACGAAACCAACGUUGCAGGCCAGCCUGGUUGCUGGAUGUAAACUUCUAUUUCCGCCCCUCUCACUCUGCCCAGAAAUACCUAACCGCAUUGACCACCUUUUUGCAUGCGCCCCCAUUUUGCAGGGUCUAACUGAAUCAACCUAAAUACUUCG